CCUUUUAACACUUAAUUAUUAAAUUACUAUACGAUAAGAGAUUUCAGAAAUGACAUCAAGAAUAAUCUCAAAACACAUUACUAUAUAAAGUCGUGAAUUCUGUAUAAAUUAUAUUCUUUUAUGGAAUAUUUUUGUUGUCAUCCUUUGGAUAAUUUUUACAUAAAAAAUAUUUAUACAAUUAAGUGAUAAAUUGGUGUUUAAUGUAUGCAUCGAUGGGAAGACCUGUGGAAACGGCGGGUGUCGUCGAUAUUGACAAGAAUUGAGUGAAUUGAGUGAACCCCUCAAUAGUGAAUGCGGGGUAUAUAUGGUGUGGUUGUGCCCCCACUUGUGCCCCCACACCAAACACACACCAGCGCUGGUGAGAGGGAAAGCGUCAGUUAAAGUAUACACAUGUGAGUGACUUUUGCUGGAAGAGCACCAAAACAGCACCAAAUGAUGCAACGAUUGACAUCCUUUGCCUCUCGCAUACACACCACCGAUGCAUACAUACAGUGGUAGUGGAGAACAGUCUACUACUGCACCACUCCUUUGAGGCGCUCUCAAUGGCAUUGUAUACAGAAUUUGUGAGCAUAUGAUUCCUAGUGAGCGCUUCCGAUGGUGUGCUGUUCGGUCUGUGUUCAGUGCCUUUACUCUCACAGAACUCUCACAGAACUUAUGCCUCUUUCAUGUGCUGUUUAUUUAUUGAUAUACACAGUGCUAUAGAUUAACACUUUAUUAUUGAUAAUUUUUUAUACAUAAAAAAAACUUUGAUUUAUAUUAUUGUGUUUUUAAGUAAAUAUUUUUCUAAACUCUAUAUCGUAUUGACUCAAUACUAAAAUAAAGUUUUUAAUAAAACGAUGAAAAUUCUUGAAAAUGAGUGACAAAAAGACAAGAGCUUUACGUGAGACGAGUUGUGAGAAGAAUGAGGAGAACUCGGAUGGGAGUGAAGAGAGGGUUCAUUUCAAGCGUCAAAUAACACUAAUCCAUGGCAUCGCUAUAGUGGUGGGCACUAUCAUAGGCUCCGGUAUAUUUGUCAGCCCCAAAGGGGUCUACGAGUUCUCCAACUGUUCACUGGUGGCCAGUCUUGUCAUUUGGUCACUUUGUGGCCUCUUCUCGAUGUUGGGUUCGCUAUGCUAUGCAGAGAUCGGCACAACAAUCACCCGCUCGGGUGGCGAUUACGCCUACAUAUACGAAGGCUUCGGACCCCUAUUAGCUUACCUCAACCUAUGGGUCAACAUAAUAAUGAUCCGACCGACCACUCAGACCAUUAUGGCCCUGACAUUUGCCUAUUACACGUUAGGCACGAUAUACCCCACGGGAUGUGAUCCGCCAAAUGUGGCGAUCAAAGCAUUGGCUGCUCUGGCGCUCUGUCAAUCACAAAAUAUCACAUCGGAUGCGUUGGAUCCCACAUCACACAAAACAUGUCAUUUAAGUUAUUCAUCCGCUUUCUAUUCAGGCCUAUUCGCAUUCGGGGGCUGGAAUUAUCUCAAUUUCGUUACCGAAGAGCUUAAGAAUCCCUAUAAGUGA